AUGUUGGGUAAAUCAAACAAUCCGAAGCCCAAAAAGUCCGCCAUUGGCGACGACUUGGCAGAACUCAUACCGAACGAUGGUGUAGCAUGGUACAGAAAGCGCCACCUUCUCCGCCUCAAUUAUUACUGUCUUUGUAUGUGUCUUCUGGCGGCAGCAAACGGAUACGACGGCAGUAUGAUGAACGGUCUCAUGGCGCUACCGCAGUGGUUCAACUUCAUGAAUCAUCCUAAAGGCGCCUGGCUAGGAUUCAUCAACGCUAUUCAGGCUCUGUCCUCGACGCUGGCUUACCCGAUGGUGGCCUAUUUUGCGAAUCGUUGGGUCGCAAGAAGGGCCUUUAUGUUGGAUACUUCUUCCUGGUACUUGGUGCUCUUCUACAAACCUUCACAUCAAACACUGCCGGCUUCGUCAUCAGUCGCUUUUUCUUGGGCCAGCCAAGCGCAUGAGCUUUUCGCGACAAAAGGGAAUCGCCAUCGAGCCUUCAUCUCGGUGACGCUCGGCAUAUUCGCUCAGUGGAACGGCGUCGGCGUCGUAUCAUAUUACCUUGCCCUUGUACUUCAGAGUGUUGGCAUUACAUCUGUGACGCAUCAGACACUUAUUAGUGGGUGCCUGCAGAUCUGGAACCUCUUUUUCGCCGUGCUAGCUGCUGUCAACGUAGACAGGGUUGGCCGUCGCCCGCUCUUCCUGCUAAGUUCAGGUGGCAUGCUGAUCAGCUACAUCAUUAUCUCGGGCUUGUCCGGCAGCUUUGCGCAGACGGGGUCGAGCUCCGUCGGCCUGGCUGUCGUGCCAUUCCUCUACAUCUACUACGGAUUCUACGAUCUGGCCUUCACACCCCUCGUGGUCUCGUAUCCCGCAGAGAUCUGGCCGUACCAACUUCGUGCCCGCGGCAUUGCCCUGACGCAAUUGUCGACCUACUUUGCCAUCUUUUUCAACAUUUUUGUCAACCCAAUUGCGCUGGAUGCUAUUGGGUGGAAAUAUUAUAUCGUUUUUGCUGUCAUUCUGGUUAUUGUCACAGUCACCGUCUACUUCUGUUACCCGGAGACAAAGGGCCACUCUCUGGAGGAGAUGUCCGUUAUCUUUGACGGCGUAGAGGCUGCCAUCAUAUCGGAGAAUGCCGUCAUGGCUAUCAAGGGAGCCGAUGUUGAUCACAAGGAAAUGGCCUGA